CUGACGAUUGCAAGCGACAAGAAACCGUCGAAAAUCAGGAACGCGGGACACACACUGUGGUUCCAGGAAAAGGGCCAGCGAACUGUGCAGGUGUGUACCAGGGACUGGAUACUGAUACCUGCUAGCGACCCUACAAGAGGAGUCUCCAAUGAACGCUUGCCCAGACAACAUUUCUAUUUCCUUUUCUAUUUAAUAAGAGAAACCCUCAGGAUGUACCCUCCGCUUCCACUUUUGACAAGAGAAAGUGCCGAAGACUACAAAAUACCUGGUCAAGACUUUAUCUUAGAAAAAGGCACCAUGGUCUUUAUACCUGCAUCAGGUAUACACUACGACGAAGACCACUACAAGAAUCCCAAAGUUUUUGACCCCGACAGGUUCAGUGCGGAGAAUAAAAAGGCCAGGCAUCCCUACGCCCAUCUGCCGUUUGGGGAAGGACCCAGAGUGUGUAUUGGUGAAAGAUUUGGGAUUCUACAAACUAAAGUCGGUCUGACAUCCAUUUUGAAGGACUUUCAAGUUACUUUAAGCGAGAAGACUAAAUUGCCUUUGAAAAUGAAUCCACAUGAAAAGUUUACCUCUCCCAUUGGAGGUAUUUGGUUGAAGAUCGAGAAGGUUUAAAUAGA